GACAAAACCUCAUAAUCCGCCAGAAAAUCCUGCCAAUUAAGCGUGGACCGACUACACUUCCGAUUCUGCAUGCGAAACGAGAAACGCUCUUCUCAUACUGAACGAAGUUUCGAAACGAUUCGUCCACUGAUAUCGGGUCAGCCCUCGCCUCCACUUAACUGAAGAAAUUCGAGUCUCCCUUUCCUCCAACCUCCCACUAUAAGGUCCCAGCAUUCAGGGAUACGAUGUCGUGUUUCUGGCUGAAUCACGUCGGUGAGCGUUCGUGUAUCCGUGUUCGUUCUGUCUGUGCUCAGUGUUCGAAUCGGUCUACGUAUCUCAAUAUUCAGGAUUCGUUCUGGCUCGUGAGGAUUAAAUCAUGACAUCGACCUUCGCGGUGCUUCUCAGAGCGGCUCUGCUAAUAUUUGCGGUCGUGCCUCAUGUGAGGUCAUAUCCCCGAAAUUCAGAGGUCUCCGGCUGGACGCAGGCGCCUCCGUAUUUAAGAUGGAACAACGCGCGACAGAACAAUGAGUGGCUCGGUUCCCAUCAAAGUGUCGAGGAUGGGUCUCAUGGUUGGAUAGAAGGAAUUCAAAACAAUGACCACGCAGGGUACCAGCAGACCCAUCAGCAGGAGGCGCGGAAACCUUAUCAUUUCUCUUAUUCUGCUCACGGACACGAUGGUGGUUCCGCCCGAGAGGAGAAAUCAGACGAGAACGGAAGAGUCACCGGUUGGUACACGAUAGUCACGGCCGACGGUCACAAAAGAAAGGUUUCAUAUGUUGCCGAUGAACAUGGAUUCCGAGCCAAGGUGGAAACGAACGAGCCUGGAACAGCCAAUGAAGAUCCGGCGAGCGUACGCGUGAAAUCUGACGCUCCCAAGAUCGUCCACAACGAACCGAAUUUCGACAACCGUGGUGGCGGGUGGCAACAGCAAGCAGGCUGGUCGAGCAACCCGAAUCCAGUCGAGAAUAUACAAUGGCGAGGAGCCAUACAGAACCAGGGCUGGACCGAUCGCUCUGAGCCGGCGAUUGUCUGGAACAGCCAACGGAAUGUCAGAACAGGUUCUUAUCGACAACCCAGUCCUCCUCCCGUCAAGACAUCCUGGAAUCAAGCGCCGAUCAACAACGACUGGUAUCCAUCGCGGUGGUGAUCAUACGAGGGAAAGAGACGCCACUCGUCUCAGAGGCUAGAAUGGUUGAGAAAUCGUGAUUUCCGCACCCUCUCUAGCCAUGAAUUGCUUCUCAUCUUCAUGGGAUGUCUGAAUCAGGAGAAUUUUCGCUCUUUGUUCGAACGUCGGUGUAUAUGCCGAGUGCAAUAAACUUCCUACCGACAGCGUAC